UACACUCUCCAGCCUCCCUCUCCCUCCAUCGUCCCUCUGCAGCGAAUACACAUUGGCCAAGGAGCGAUACCCAACGAACUCGCGGACAUCCCUUCUGAUCACCUACCAAUUGACGAUCUGCUCGCCAAACUCAACGACGUCCUCGGGACAUCUUAUACGCUCGAAACUUCCGGUGUUCGUGGCUGUUUGGAGUAUGCUGUCAGCACUUCACGUGAUUUCGGGGAGGUGUACGGCACACUACGCCCACAGUGGUCAAACCGGCGGCGGCCCGGGGACCUUGCCACAGUACUUGCCAGGAUUAAGGAUCGUCGCGACAAGGUCGAGCAAAUGCGAGACGAAGCCAUUCACGAUCACUCCAUCCAGAACUCCCGAAUCCCUCCUCGACGUGUCUGGGACCUGCUCAGCAACCGAGUCCUUCCCUUCUAUGUGAUGCCUUGUGAAGAUGGAGAGGACCCUAGUUGCUUGCCUGCUGACCUAUGGACUGUGUCGCACUCCUGGGUCCGCGAACAAGAGCGCGUGCUCAUCAUGACUCCAAUCAACGGGUGCAGAUGGCCUGUCCCGAUUCCAAACAGCACAUCACUCGACCACGUCCGUAUCGAACUGUUGAACAUGGAUGCCCAAUACGUCUGGGUUGACGUCCUGUGUAUGCGGCAGGAGGGCCAAGACGACAACGACGACGACAGAGUCCGGGUUGAGGAGUGGAAGCUCGACGUACCUACAGUCGGUCAUGUUCACCGAGCCAACCCGCGCGGAAGACCGUGUAUCACGUAUUUUAACGGCCUGGGCUUACCGUUUGAUGCGUCGCCGAUGGCUCUCGAAUCGGACCGGCACUGGUUCAAUCGUCUAUGGACCAUGCAGGAAGCCACGCUCAGCUGGUUGCCCGGUGGACUCACUGCGACAUCUUUCUCCCAUAGCCCAAAUUUCUUUUCUCGACUGCAGGACCUCAUCUCGAGUAUGUCUCAAUGGGACGGACUCGCUGAAGUCAUUCAAGCCGUCAGCAGUCGCCAUUGCACCACAGAACUUGACAGGAUAGCCUGUCUUGCUUAUCAUCUGCAAUGCCCAACGCUACCACUCUACGCUCUAUCGGCUUCCUUGGAGCCCGCAUGGACGUUGCUCAUCAAGCACAUACCUUCACGGACUAGGACGUGUUUCUUCUUUCAGCACGAAUCUGACGUGCCGUUCGGAUUGUGGAUCUCGUGGAGGGGGUUCCUGACGUCCCCACGAGCGUUACUGCACCUUAAUCAGACACUUGACGCAGAGGAGCUGCAGCCGGUGGAUCCUCUGCACGUCUACACCAAUGAAUCCGCACAGUAUUACCACGCCGCAUAUGCUACUAAGCGAUGCUACAUUGUAUCCUUACCCGACGACACUCACCGAAGCACUAGUGGGCCGCAAGUGUUCCAACUGCGCUUCGACGACUCGGAUCGUGCUGAGCCUACCACCGUGGAAAUCUCCGCUACCAAAACGCAUGGAUGUCUAAUCCAAGAUGUUCCGUAUCUCUUGCUCGGCGUCGGAAACCCCUGGAAGGAUUGCUGGGCGGAAGCUUCCGCUCGAUGUGUGCUGUUGGCAGCCGGAUCCAAAGCACCUUCAACUGCACCUUUCGCUCAACCUGAUCGCGGUAACAUCGGUAACCCUGGCACGAAGGGGGGCAGCAAGGAAACCGACCUUGGCGCUCAUUGGAUUGCCGGUAAGCACCCUUCAACACCUCACGAAAGGGUUACCGCUCAGCUCGUUCUUAGCGAGUCCAUAAUCAUGCCCCAUAUCUAG